CUCCCCACGCACAGCUGGGCGGCCCGGGACCCCAGCGGGCAGGCUGCCCGGAGCCUGUGCGGAGGGGAGCGGGACGGGACGGGACGGGACGGGGACAUGGUCUACCCCUCAAAGUGUGCUAAUUAAAAAACACAGAGCCUCCUCCGGCCGCUGUAGUGUCCUCGAGUGACGCGGCCGCCGGUCGAUGCAUUGGACGGGAGCUCGGCGGACGAGCGACUGCGGACGGAUCCGAGGUCAACUUGAAAACUAACGGUGCGCGUCCGACUCCCGUGUGGGAUGUGUGAUGUACUGUAUGCUAGCUGGAGACGAAAAUGAAACCCAGUCGCAACCUCCUCCUGGGCCUGUGCUCCAUGUUGGCACUGGGAUUCCUCUACUAUUCUUCAGGGAGGAUCAGCUUACAAGGCUGGGGCCACAAAUCAUUGUAUGACAAGCAAGGGUUCCUCCUGAAGCUGGAUGGAAGUUUGCCUUUGGAGAUGAUCUACAAGUACAGCAAUCUCAGUGAGGGAGCCUGUAGGCCUGGUUUUGCAGCUGCCAAGAUGACUGCCAUUUAUCCAAAAUUCACCAAACUGGCGCCCAUGUUCCUUGAUCCCAAUUACAAACGAUUCGCCAAGAUUGAUAAUUACUCACCUCCAUUUGGAGUAAAAGCACAAGAGAAAAUCAUAGACAUUCUCCUAUCAUCUAUUAAGAGCUAUGGCCUUGGAGAAGAACUCGACAGUAUGAGCUGUAUGACGUGUGUCAUCGUAGGCAAUGGAGGAAUCCUCACCAACAAGUCUCUGGGGACCAGGAUUGAUCAGUCUGAUGUGGUGGUCAGGUUAAAUGAGGCACCAGUGAAAGGCUUUGAGAAAGAUGUCGGCUCCAAGACCACCAUGAGGAUCACCUACCCUGAGGGGGCCAUCCAGAAGACAGAGCGCUACGAGGCUCAGUCUCUGUUUGUCCUUUCUGCCUUUAAAGCUCUGGACUUCAAGUGGCUCCGACACAUGGUCUUCGAUCAGAGGCUGCACAGCACUGAUGGCUUCUGGAAGUCGGUGGCCAGACACGUGCCCAGGGAACCCAGCGACAUGCGCAUCCUGAACCCCUACUUCAUCCAGGAGGCCUCCUUCAAGCUGAUUGGCUUACCUUACAACAAUGGACAGAUGGGACGAGGGAAUAUUCCAACCCUGGGGGCGGUUGCCAUAACGAUGGCCCUUCAUAACUGUGAUGAAGUAGCUGUGGCUGGAUUUGGUUACAACAUGAGCACUCCCCAUGCCCCUUUGCACUACUAUGAGAAGAUCAGGAUGUCCGCUAUCAAAGAGUCGUGGACUCACAACAUUUCUAAAGAGAAGGAGUUCCUGGUGAAGCUGGUGAAGGCCGGCGUCAUCCAGGACUGGACCAAGGGGAUCUGUGGUGCAGGAUGCUGAUGGUCUGCACUCCCCCACCCCACCUGCUCCAGCACCUGAAGAGGGAAACCUGGCUCUGUCUGCCAUGUUCCCAGCAGAGCGCAGCAGCUCUGUCUCUGCAGAGAGAGCGUGUGCAUGUGUGUGUGGCCUCCUGACCAGGACACACUGCCCCAGUGUUGCACUUUGACGUACAGUAUUGCAAAUUGGCCGCUGCAUAGUAUCACAGUAUUUAGCUCGUCCUGGUUGCAGGGUAGUGUAAAUAUAAAAAAAAUUGGUGUCCUCUGUGAGGGUUUGUCAUUGGUGUUGGGGAUCGGACCAGUACCGGGACCAGAACUGCUGCAGGCUGGAGGGAGGAGGGAAGGGGGGAGGUGUUUAAACACAGAGCCUGUGCCAACAGAAUACCUCUACAAGUGUCCUUCUGCUCACACAGCUGAAUGUCAUCUGCAUCAAACUUGCCAGUUCAUAUCUUCCAAUUUUUGAGUUGAACAGGGUGCACACCACAACCACAUGGCAAACAAUGUGAGAGCCUCCUCAGCAGCAGCAUGGAUAUCACAUUCAAUCAUUGCCGCUUAUCACACAUGCAGAGGAGUCACAUAUUUGUUCUUGUGAGGCAGCAAGAAUGUGUCAAGGAGAAGAUACAUGUUACAGCAUCUUCAGCAUCUUUCACUCUGACACGUCAGAUGAUUGGAGUCAUAUCACCGUGUACUGGAUCACAUUUAUCUCCUGUUCAUUCACCUGACUGCAACUGUUCAUAAUUAUGGAUUUUUUUUGUCAUCUGUAGCUGUUUUCAUAGCAACAAGUGCUACAGCUCAAACCUGUGCAGUUCAUUCACAGACAAUUGCAUCAUGACCAAAAUACACAUAUCAGUAUGUUCUACACAGUAGACCUCAUGGAUACAUUCAUAUUGUGUACGGUAUGUAUGUUUUGGUGAAUGUAAACAUAACUUUUGUUUGUUUAUUAGAAGGACUCCACAGGAGCCUUGUGGCUGGCUAACAGCAUGACAUGGAUCAGUUAAACCACAGAACAGGGUCCAGGUCUGAGCUCAAUCAUACUCAAUACAAUCAUUUGCUUGUUCAAAGGUAUCUGAGGUGCACUGAAUGCCUGAGUUGUGCCGUCUUUUCAGCUCACUGACCAGACUACGAGCAGGACACCUCUGUGCCAUUAUUUGUCUCAGUCGAAAACAUAACUUUCCCCUCAGUCAUACACAUCAACCACCAGUCGUGGUCCAUGUUACUGUCAGACAUGACCCAAGCUCUUUGUUUCACUUCAUGUACCAAGAUCAACUGUGUGGUAAAGUCUGUAUGUGUGUGUCUUUGUUGCAUCACACACUCCGGCCUGCGCAGUCUGUGUUCACCUCACUGGGUGUUCAUGGACCGGAUGCAGGCAGAUGCUCAAGCCAAAGUAAUCAUAUAUUUAUUCCAGGCUGUGCACAAGUACUCAUUAAAAAAAUGAAGAUAUAAGGA